UUCGACUUCUCUACGCAAAUUCGCGGACGUUGGUCUCGUAGCUCCUGCUUUCACCGACGCAGAGGCAGAGGAGAUCCGUGACGAACUCUUGAAGCUUGAGGGUUCCGGUUCAGCCUACGUCUCCCUGAACACCGAAGCUGAUGUCCAUCGCGUCUUGCAGCUGCUCUACGGAAUGCAGCGGCCCUUCGUCGAACGACGUGCGGAAUAUGUUAAGGCUCCCCCUAAUCCAUCUUUCUAGACAUCCCUCAAGCAUAUGCACCCCAAUAGAUACCAGUGAGAUACUGUCUGACGCCCAAGAAUACAUUACAAUGGAGGGUUUUAUUCCACAGGAGGGAUGAAUAGGGGAGAGGUCUAAAUAUGAGCGGUUGAUGACAGAAGGAGGAGAUCCAGUAGGUCAAGGUCUCACAUCUUCUGGGCGACAAGUAGUCAAUAACAACACUGAGGAGAAGCUGAUGAGAGAGUUUCCGUUGCUUGAGGAACAGUUUUCAUUAUGAAAAUAGUAAAGGAAAAGCCUGACCCUCGUCGUUCUAUAUCAGGAUCAACAGGAACAGUCGGGAAAACAAUGCUGACAAUCCAACAACAGGCUAGACUAGCAGGUAGAAUUCGUCAGGGAAAUCUUCGGCAGAUAGCCGAGUAGAUUCGUAUCCUCAUCAAGUAAGGACUUUUGUUUGGCGAUGCUGGUGGUAGUUCCAUGUAUAUUAAUUCGGUUUGGAUAGAAAAUUUCCCGCGGCGUGCUAAUCACCUUAGGAAUUCUUUCUAUCAGUAGCAUGUCCUAUCGUAAUAUUCGAUAACAUGUCCGUCUCCAAUGUGUAAUAUUUAUAUUACCUUUCUACCACGCGCACGCCAUGCUCAUGCUCUCUAACCUUUGAAAUAGAUUUCGCACGUGCGAGCCACGAGCCAACUGAUAUUUUGUGGGAUCAUUUUUGGCAGGACGGGACAUUCUACUACCGUUGGGUGAAACCGCUGCUGCAUUUCGGAGCGUGGAUCAUCUUUUACUCGUUGCUGAUGUACACUCCCCUCGUCGUGUACACGAUCAAUUUUUUGAACGACAGCAAGGCCUUGCCAACCAAGUUCACGGUGACGCUUCUCGGUAUCCUGUUUUCAAGCGGCAACGGCACUGUUGGCGUGAUGUUCUAUUACUAUUCCGAGACGAUGCCUUUCCACUAUGGGGACAAGUUCCGCAUUGCGAUUUUGCUGUUUUACUCCUUCAUCAUGUUGGGAAACAUGGCCUUCUCUUUGUAUCUUGUGAUCGGAGCAUCGAUCAAGGAGCCAGGUGCCGCAGAACAUGACGCUGUCGUAAAGACCACUCAGCAACCAGCAGAGC